CAAAAGGUUGGUAGGUUGCGUCGAUGUGCGAAGUCGUCCACGUUCUGUACGAUUACUUGCCGUCUGACCAGCCGCAUGCACUGAAAUUGGCUGCAGGAGAAAUUGUUCGAGUAGCUGAACGGUCAGACGACGGUUGGUGCCUAGGAACUGUGGGAAAUCAUCAGUUGGAACGUACUGGAUGGUUCCCUGCUUCCUAUGCUGCCGUCAUACAAGGCGUGCAACUACAAGCUGGUGAAUAUGUAGACCAAGCAGUUAGAGCUGUAUUGUCAAGUGGCCAUGGAGAUCAGAAGUUGUAUUAUACAAACGUCAACACAAAUGAGACUAGCUGGCAACUCCCUAUUAUGAAAUCAGAAGCUCAACAAACUCCUAGAGCACGAAACGAUAUUCAGGAACACAUUGCCAAAGCUAAAGGAGAAGUUGCAUCUACUAGUUCUACUGAUAAGAUAAGUGAACAAGUUGUCUUGAGAAAGAAAUCCGUGACGUCAGAAUCUCAGAAACAGGAAACUAUUGUAUACACACAUCAUUCUGUAACCUUCAAUGCUGGCCACAGUUCGCAGAGUCAGACGUUGCUGAGUCCAGACAGAAUGAGCUAUGUUGACUACUUUUGGAGUGACAAGGGAGAUGAGACUGGAAUAGACAUUUUAGUGGGGAGACAUAUUAAGGGAAAGCUUGCAGUGAAGGAUAUGGCUAGCUUUAUGCGUGAACGAGCUGCACUUGAGGAGGCGUAUGCACGAAGUUUGUCAAAGUUAGCAAAUACAGUAUUCCUAGCUGCAGACCACUCCGAUGGAACUGUUGAAAAAGCAUGGAGUAGUAUGAAGAAGAGUCUUCAGGAAGAAUCUUCGUAUCGGUCCGCAUUUGCUGAGAAAUUGCUGCAUGAGGUUGAGCAGCCGAUGUUGAAAUUCAAAGAUGGACAAAAGAAGGAAAGAAAAUCGUUUGCAGCUCUUCUUGCUGAGGGAAGGAAACAGUUGACUUCCAAGUAUGCUACUGCUCAAAGGGCCAGGGCAGGAGUUGCAGCAAAACAGCGUGAAUUGGAAAGCAGGUCAGCUAUAAUGGGCGACUUGGAAGAUGAUAAAAGGCAGAGUGAAAUUAGAAAAGCAAAACGGAAGUCUGUCAGUGCAGAAGAGAGUCUUAGAACAUCUGUCUUUGCCUACAAUGAGGUGCAAAACAAGUGGGUUGAAAACAUGGUAGAAGCCUGCAAGGCAUUUGAGGCUGCAGAAAAUGACAAAGCAGAUUUCUUGAAAUCAAAGAUGGGAAAGUAUGGAGAGCUCAUAAGAAUUGCGAACAUUUCAUCCAUAAAGUCUUGCGACAAAAUGAUGGCAACUGUGCAAGACAUCGACCCACAACAUGACCGUGAGAUAUUUAUUCGGGCAAGUGCUACAGGUUCAAAGCGGCCCACUGAUCUGCAGUUCUAAAUUUGCCUACAUGUGUGUUGAAUUCACUCUGCUGACAGCUUACACUUGGUUAUUCUAAAUUUGACAAAACAUCUGUAUUCCAUAGCUGCAGUGUUACACAACCAUUUGCAGUUAGUUACCUAUGCAAUCUUGUGAUUUUUGUAGGUCAA